AAAAAGUUUCACUUUGGGAAUUUCACAAUCGUAACCUGUUCAUGCCAAAGUAUGACAGCUACUUGUUGACAUUUCUAUGUGCCGGUGUCAAACCGUAUUGCAGUUGAAUCAGAUUGAAUGUGUUAUCGCGUGCCGCAACGAAAUGAAGCGAACCAGAUCGGAAAUGGCAAAAGCCGAUGUGUCGAAAGAACCAUCGUCAACAGAUGACGUGGCACAUCAAAAUGUUGUGUCGAUUGCACCAAAAAAGGUGACGAAAUCACAGACAAACAGACAUAGCAGUUACGUUGAAUGCAUCAUCUGUGGUCAUAAAAUGGCAUUGGCUGAUUUGAUUAUUCACCAAAAGUCGGCUCAUUCAAACGUUAAGGACAUUCUAUCUCGACUGAAUGCUGGCAAAUUCGUUCGAUCUGAGACGAAAGCAGGCAACCCAUCAAAUGGAGCAGCAAUGGUCCGAUGCAAGUUUUGCAGAAAUAAAAUGCCCAGCACAGCCUUGGAAAGUCAUCAGCGAAAUAAACAUUUAUCUCAAUAUAUUCGAAUGCAAAUGCAUAGACCCUAUGUCUCUGUUAAUCAAACCAGACCAACUCAUUUGCCGAUUGAGAGUAUCCGUCCAGAGCCUGAGCCGUUUCCAACAAAGAAAUCGAUGCUUAGUGUUGAACAGGAUGAUGAUGGCUUUUUGGACUUAGUCUUAACUGAGAAUUGAUGAUGAAAGGAAGCUAUGAAGAAAAAUACAAUUCAGACUGAAUAUCGGUCGCAUAAAUCGAGAUAAAAUCGUUAGAUUCUGACAAUU